AUGUUCGACAGACUUAAAGGCAAAGGCAAGGGCGGCCCGUCCGACGCGCCACCAGGGUACGAGCAGGCGGUCGGCAACCCGCGCUUCGAGAAGGGCGACCUGGUGCUCGUGUCCUCCGACCGGAUCAAGUUCAACGUUCCGUCCGAGAAGCUGUACGCUGCAAGCUCCAACUUUCGCGAGCUCGCAAGCUCCGAUAAGCAGUCGAACGAGUACGGCGGCCGGACGAUAACGUUCACGGACGCGGCGACAGAAAACGCGCACAUCAUCCGCCUGUUCCUGACCCUCAUCUCCGACGGCACAGUGGACACGAGCGAGCUCGCGCAGGCGCAGAAGCUCGACACGUCGCUCUGUUAUCCGAACGUGGACGACGUGAUACUCGCGAGCGUGCCGCUCGCACAGUUCCUCAUCAACUACCGCGCGACGGCCGCGCUCUCGUCGCUCAAGAGCUGGGCGGCGCGCCUGAUGAUCUCGAACGGCGGCGAGGAGUCGACCGGCGGCGUGCUCCUCGGCGCGGUCGCGGACGACCCCGAGCUGGUCGCGGUGGCCCUCGACGUGCGCCAGCAGGACGGCACCCGCUGGCGGUGGGACUACCCCCUCGACGAGGCGCAGGACCGCUCGCUGCUAGCCGGCCCGUCGCAGCCCGUCUGCGGGCGUGCGCUCGUCGACCCCGCCAGUUGGUCGUGGCGGGUAAACCAACUCAUGCCCGCCGACUACGCGUGGGCCGUGUCCCGCGCGUGGUGUAACGUCGGCGACAGCCCCCAGCUUGCCGACCGCUUCCGGAUCGCGUUCCGCGCCGCGCGGGCAGCGAGCGGCAAGCCACCCCCCAGCACGCAGUAUGCUGCGCCGGCUGGGCCACCCCCGGGCAAGGGGAAGAACUAG